AAAACUGUCUCGCUCGUCGACUCUCGUCCAGCCUUUUUCCUAUCCAUCAAUUUUUCUCCCUCUCGUCCGUUUCGAUUACCUCUCCCAGUCUUUGGCCGGUCUUUUUUUUUACCUCUCUUUUCUUGUCCAUUCAUUCCUAGCUCCGGACAAGGACCCCGUCUAGCUGCAGCUUGAUUUUCAUUCGCUGUUAUCAUCCGGCGUGCUUGUAGAUCAAGACUCCCAUAAACAAUGGCAACCGCAACCGCCGAGAAGCCCAAGGAGCAGAAACGCUUCCAGCAGCAACAGGACGACUACUCGGACGACGAUUAUGACUCGGAUGAAUAUUCGAUCUCGGGAGACGAAGAUGACUAUGCCCCUCAGAAGCCCAGUCAAAAGCAGCAGCAGCAGCGACGACGUCAGCCGAACCAACAAAGACGUCCUGCUGAUGACGAGGACGACUAUCUGUCCGACGACUAUUCUACAGACGAGUAUGACGACGACUAUGAAGAUGCCGACGAAGAAGUUCCGAACAAUGCGAUGCAGCCGUUCAAGCGGGGUCAGCAGUCAUUAACCAACCAGGGCAUCAGCAGCCAGGACCCGGUGCAAAACGGAGCGAUGAACACCGUGGAUAAAGGGGGCGAGGAGAAAGACGACGGCCUGCGACUGACCCUGGAACUGAACCUCGAGAUCGAGGUGGAACUCAAAGCGCACAUCCACGGCGAUUUGACCCUAUCCUUACUUGCAUAA